AUGAUUCUGAUUUUUAUUCUUACUAUUAGCGCGGAACGAAAACCGUCAUCUGUAGUAAUAACAGAUGUUCAACAGAUACCGAUUAAUGAACCGAGGUAUAUUUUAAAUGGUAUACACGAACCGUUGCCACAACGAAAACAUGCAGUAUCAAUUAUCAAUUUACAAGAUCCACCAUCAACAAAUGAAUUUCGUCGACCUAAACGAACAACAAGAUCAGUAUCACCGGCAAAUAGUUUUCGUUAUAUUUUACCAUUUCAUUCUAAGCGAGAGGAGAAAAUUUCUAACCUUGAACAAACAUCACUCGGUAAUAGACAAAAUGUACCGAUAACUGUAGCAAAAAGUCCCAUGUACAAUGGUGAUUAUUUAUAA